AAAGCGGCAGUGUCACUUUAAACCGAAUCCCUUCCGUUUCCGCUUAAGCCCCGCCCAGCAGCGCGCAUCCACUUCCUAUUUCAUCUGGAGCUCACCGGAUACCUUAAACUCACGUCUUCGUCCUUAUCCACAUUAUUUACGUAUCCAUACUGCAGUCCAGGCUCGUCUACCGAACCAGAAAUGUAGGAUAAACUCGUCCUCUGCAUCCUUAGGGGCAAAUUUAACGCACUAAGAUUCAUUUCAGAGGAUUAGUAUCUACUCUCAGACCUGUAACGCAUUUAAAUUUACUGGUUUCGUUGUGGAAUCGGCUUAAAUAUCAAAAUCUCGUCGCAGAAUGCAAAUGAUGAGUCACAUUGGUCUCUAUUUGCUUGUGUUUAUUGGGCUAAAGUUCAUCCAUGCAGGUCACUCUUCACCGCUCUAAAAUGAACGGAAUCCAAAACUGGGACAUUCCAUCUUCAAUUCCGACCAUGAACCGUCCAUUCUCCCGGUGAACAAUGGUGAGAUUCAGACGCAAAACCUGCAUUCCCGUCUUGGUUUUCCUUUUCCUUGUCGUCGUCGUGUCCCUGGUGCUGAGGAACCUGCCGCCUGAAGACUCCAGCCCGGUCAGCUUGGUCCAACCCCCUGAAACCAACCAGAAAGACAAAAUGGCCGACAGCAAAACCAUCAAAAUGCCCGCCCGACCAGAGAGAGACCUCCAGCUGGAAGAAACUCUGAAAAAAUUCCCCCCUCCGAACUAUUAUGUGCACGCGUUCUACUAUCCUUGGUACGGGAAUCCGAAGUUUGACGGGAAAUACAUUCACUGGGACCAUCCGCAGUUGCCGCACUGGGACGCUAAAGUGGCUCAAGGUUAUCCACAAGGCAGACACGUACCUCCUGAUGAUAUUGGGUCCAACUAUUACCCCGCCCUGGGCCCCUACAGCUCCAAAGACCCCGCGGUGGUGGAGAAUCACAUGCAGCAGUUGCGUAUGGCUGCAAUAGGGGUCAUGGCGGUGUCGUGGUAUCCACCAAACCACAAAGACGACAAUGGAGAGCCCAUAGACAACCUGAUGCCUCUGCUGCUGGACAUCGCUCAUCGCUACCACAUCAAGGUCAUUUUCCACAUUGAGCCGUACAAAGGACGCGAUGAGGUCACCAUGUUCGCCAACGUCAAGUACAUCAUCCAAAAAUACGGAGAACACCCCGCCUUCUUCAAAUACCGAACCACCAACGGCAAACUCCUCCCCCUUUUCUACAUCUACGACUCCUACCUGAUGAACUCCGAACAAUGGGCCAAGCUCCUGAAGCACACGGCGAGCGACAGCAUCCGCGACACGCCGUACGACGCCAUUUUCAUCGCGCUGUUGGUGGAGGAGAAACACAAACGCGACAUCCUCACUUCCGGUUUCGACGGACUCUACACGUACUUCGCCACUAACGGGUUUUCGUACGGCUCCACGCUGAAAAACUGGGAGUCCAUCCGCGCGUUUUGCGAAGACAACAACCUGAUUUUCAUUCCGAGCGUGGGACCGGGCUACAUCGACACCAGCAUCCGUCCGUGGAAUUUCCAAAACACUCGGAAUCGCAUCAACGGGAAAUACUACGAGACGGCGUUGAGUGCGGCGUUGGAAGCCAGGCCCGAUUUCAUGUCGAUAACGUCUUUUAACGAGUGGCACGAGGGCACGCAGAUAGAAACGGCCAUCCCCAAAACCAGCCAGACGGUGUACUUGGACUACCUGCCCAACAAACCCACCAUCUACCUGGAGAUAACGCGCAAGUGGGCGGCCAUCUUCGGAAGCGAGAGAAGACGGUGGCAAGACUGAAAAUUCUGAGCCAUAACCAAAGUGUAUUCAUAAUUGUAUUUGUAGUAAUUACACUGAAGUAUCUUUAAGGACACGUUAUGCAAAACUGACUUUUUUUUUUAGCUUUUUAGUCAAAUACAAACCUGGAGUUGUAUUUUACUUCAUCCAAGAUUGUUUCAUGAAUCCACUAAUCCAAAAUCGUAUUCCCUGAGCACUGAGAAAUGCUCUGUUUGCAUUUCGCCUGAAUUGUUGCGUCAUAGAUAACAUUUUAGACUUCUUCUGCACAGUUUUUAAGCCUAUAAACCAUCUCUGGACUCAUUCUGUGGUCCAACUGCGUUCACAGUAAACGCAUGAUUCUAUUAGCUUAGAUUCACGGGGGAUAAGGACUUUGACAUUUGUUUACUUUAACAGUGUUCAUUCCCAUUGCUGACAGCAGGGGGAGCUCCAACACCUAAUGCUUCACUGAAACUGGACGUAUUUAAGCGUUAGAAGCAGAGGUGGGGACUUGCAAAUCGUGACUUGGACUCGAGUCAGUAUUUUUAGGACCUGAGACUUGACUUGAUAAAAUGGACCAAGACUUGCGACUCAACUUGGACAUGAAGGUCAGUGACUUAGAAUUUGACUUGGACUUGAGAAAUGGUUUUAAAUCUGAAUUCUUUCUGUUCUGACCAUAAUGAUUCGCACUAAGAUCUUGUCAAGACAUUUAAAAAGGAAAAAUUAACAAAAUUAAUUUCUACAACUCUAAUAUACUCUAUAAAUACUCAUAUAUUAUUAUACUUUGACUUUAUAUGUACAAUUUAGUUUAAAAUUCAUAUUAAUUGCAAAAAUCUAAGCUGUAUUUGGUACUUUGGUUUAAAGACAUGAAAUGACUUGAAGCUCAAAGCUCGACUUGGACUUGCCUCUAUUUGACUUGGGACUUGACUCGGACUUGAGGUCAAAGACUUGAGACUUACUUGAGACUUGUAAAACAAAGACUUGAUCCCACCUCUGGUUGGAAGUCUGUCACACACAAAUGUAUUUCCAAAAGUAGACAUUAUUUUAAAUUAAGACAUUCCAUGGUGACCAGAAGUACGUUUAAAGGGAAAUUAAAGCCACAAGAAUGCAUCAUAUAUGAUCGAGACAUGUUAUGCUAAAUCUGCUUUUAUGAUUUUUAACCUCAUUCAAAUUUUAGCCAUGAUCUCAAUUCUUGCAAAAAUCAUCACAAAAUGUGUAUUCAGAUCCUGGAGCAAACCUGUCUAAUCGUCCAUGGAGAUAAAAACAGAUCACAAACCUUAAAAAAAAUAAAAUAAAUCCACAAGUUAACUUUUGACAAUAAUUAAAAUUUGAUUGAAAUAAUCAUCGCUAAGACGCUGUGCUGCUUAUUGCCUUUCCAAGAUUGUCCACUCUCCACUGCUGUCAGCAGAGGGCACCAGACUUCAAAUCCAAAUGCACAGGUGCUGCAUUUGGAUUUUUUUUUUUUCCAAAUCUGUGCACACAUCUUUAGACAUUUCAUCAAGACAAGAUGUGUCUCCUUUACUUUUAUUUUCAUUUUAAGCCAAGAAAUUCUGAAGGGCACUGUCAAAAGGAAUGUGAUUUGUGCCUGAUCAUUUUGUACUAAAUCCCUGAACUGUUGCUGUGUGUCUUAAGACUCCACAGCUCUGUGCUUUGGUAUUAAAACUCAAACUCAGCAUGUUCUAAAGAAGCUGUAAGAUACAUCAACAUCCACUGUAAUCUGUGAGUUUAAGACUAAAAUUAUGACUAUUGGAGAGAAUUAAAAAUGGACCAUUUU